UUUAAUCUCAGUGGAUGGUGGCCGGAAAAGGACAAUGGUUUCCAUGUCAGCGGGUAAACGCGUUCUCCGUAGCUCCAGGACGACCAGGAGGAUGCAACAGUGUGUGCCGAGGAGCUGGGCAGCAACUUAGGGAGCUGGUGAGUGACAGUGGAAGAGCCAUGCAGCGCCGGGGCCUAGUGGCUGGGCCAGAUUUUGAGUAUUUCCAGCGUCGCUUUUUCACGCCGGCGGAGGUGGCCGAACAUAACCAGCCUGAAGACCUCUGGGUGUCUUACCUGGGAUACGUGUACGACCUAACGCCGCUGGCACAGGAGUACAAGGGGAACCUGCUGCUGAAACCCAUCGUGGAAGUUGCGGGCCAGGACAUCAGCCACUGGUUUGAUCCAAAGACCAGAGAUAUCCGCAAGCACAUAGACCCGCUGACCGGUUGCCUGAGGUACCGCACCCCGCGGGGCCGCUUCGUGCACGUCCCGCCUCAGCUGCCCCGUUCGGACUGGGCCAAUGAUUUCGGGACUGCCUGGUGGCAGGGGUCGACUUACGAGGUGGGGCGGCUGUCUGCCAAGACCCGGAACAUCCGCAUCAUUAACACGCUCACGUCGCAGGAGCACACACUGGAGGUGGGGGCCCUGGAGUCCAUGUGGGAAAUCCUACACCGCUAUCUCCCCUUUAAUGCACAUGCUGCCAGCUACACAUGGAAGUACGAAGGGAAGAACCUGAACAUGAAUUAUACCCUGGAAGAGAAUGGGAUCCGGGAUGAGGAGGAAGAAUUUGACUAUCUUAAUAUGGAUGGUUCAUUCCACACACCUGGAAUACUGCUCUACUUCAAUGAUGACCUCACAGAGCUGUAGGACAGGAGGUGUAUGUUCGCUAGAAUCAAGAUACAUUUUGAGUUUGGCUUUUUCUGUGCCCUGAGGAAAAGGGGUGGGAUUGGAACUAGAAUAACAGCUGAAUUUAUUGGCAGUGGCAAGUUAAAAGGUUCAGAGAAUGAUUAGUGCAUCUUCCCGGCAUGGUGUCCAGGGCCCAGUACAGGAAAAGGUGGCCCCUGGGAGACACUGGGUGGGCUGCACAGCUCUCCAUCCCGCUCUGGGAACCGGCCUGUGGUUCCCAUUCCUUUCUGAAGUAGAAAGUCCCAUUCCCAAUGACAUUACAAUUUGCUCCGAGAAAACGUGGGAGAAUGCUAGAAGUGAAUUACUUUUUGAGAUGAAUUAUCUUAGAUUAGGGAGAUGCAGAAGACGACUGCAGGCAGAACUUGUGCUAGUGAGUGGUAUGGAAGCACUUUUCUGGGAAUGAGGCAGCUGCAGGAAGAUGGAUUUACAAAGACAGGAAUAGUAACUUUAUCAUGGCUCAUACCAAAUUGGCGUAUCUCCCUUCUAAAAGGUUAGAUAGCCGAACCCAAGGGAAAGAAAGAAAAUGAAUGGUAAUUAGGUAAUUCAGGCCAGAUAUUAUGCUAGGUGCUUCUAUCUACCGUCUUUAAUACAAUUACCUAAUAAGGUGGAUACCAUUUACAGGUAAGUCUCACAACUUAGACAGGUUUACUAGCACAAAGGCACACUGGGUAGUAACCACCAGAGUCAGGAUGCAAAUCCAGUCUGUUUAGCUCCAAAGUCCACGUCCAUUCCCACGUAAAGGGGCGCUUCUCAGUGUGUCUGUCAUCUCAUAAGAACAUCUCAUCCUAACCACUGCUCUCGGGCUAAGUACUGAGAUGUGGGUUGUCCUAUGCUCGCUGCACAAUGCAAAACUGUAGGCCUACUGUGUAGUCAGCAGUUCUUGUUUAGAGAGUUAGCAGAAUUCUCCAGUGGCAAAGUGGAGACUGGGAACGCUAAGUGUCAGCUAAGCGGUGGCCGACUUCCUUAUAAAUCCUAUAGCAACAUUUCUGAUUUUUCUGAGGCAAAAAUGUGGGUAUUUACUGACUCCAGGAAAAGCUAGAGUGGGGAAAGGGCCUACCAAUUGGGACACUUGCAUGAGGGAGCAAAAGGGAGGCUCCUUUCUAUGAUGCACUUUGCCACUCAGGGAAUGCGCCACGUCAGAAAACUCCCUGGUGACCAAAGGAGAACGCUCCUGGGGACAGCAGCUCAGUUUAGUCUUCUUAACCUUUGCAGGGGAGAGUGGGACUGACGAUAACAGGUGAACUUCUUGGCAGCGGCAAGCCAAAAACAUUCAAGGAGUGUUUAGUACAUCUUCCAGAAAGGGUGCCCACGGCCAGGGCUGGAGAAGGUAGCCCCUGUGAGGCACCAGGUAGGCUGCAUAGUUUUCUGAGGGGCUGAUCUGAGUGGCAUGAACAGAGGUGGAGACAUCUGUAUGGUUUUGGCAGUAUCUGAAUUCACAGUGAGACUGAGGGCUUCCUCCUAGUUCUGUGAAAUGCCGGAAUCCACAAAUUUUCGGAAUCAAUCUGCAAUUACUUCAUGUGUACUUUGUUGGCUCAGCUAAACCCUAGCCUGUGUGAGAACCAAAGUUAUGCUGUUCCUCUAGCCUUAGCUGCAGGGCCUGUGCCUAUGGGAUGUGCUUAUUCUGCCCAAACCUGUCUCUUGCAGUUUCCUACCUCAGUAGCUCUUGCCACAAACACGUGCCUUUCCUCACACACCCAGUCACUCAGCAAGCAGAUUCUAUCUCCUAUGUAUCUUGAGAAUCCAUCUUCCUUUCUACAAGUUCCCCUCACCUUUUGUCUAGACUGCUGUGGAAACUUCCUAACCUGCCCUUCAUGUCCACGUCUGCCUUCCACACUGCAGUCAGAAUGAGCUCUGAGAGACCAAAACAUCUGUCCUGCCACAGAUUCUUGGUGGCUUCUGGGACCCGCAGAUGGCAUAAUGGUUAUGUCACUGGACUCCCACGUAGUCAACCGCGGUUUGAGUCCCAGACCUAGUGGCUUAAAACUCACACCAGGGGUG